AUAGCCUUUAAUGGUUGGGGAGGGAUAUUAUUUGUGUGUUACCUAACAUAUUGUAUUUUCUUUUAGUGGAUGGCUGUAUUGACUGGUCAGUGGAUCUCAAAAGAUAUAUGGCUCUCGCAGGAGAACCUGUUCGUGUGAAAUGUGCACUUUUCUACAGCUACAUUCGAACUACUUAUAGCACAGCGCAAACUUCUGGACUCCGGCUCAUCUGGUAUAAGAACAAAGGAGACUCAGAAGAACCUAUAAUAUUCUCUGAAACAAAACUCAGUAAAGAUGAUGAUUCUAUAUGGAUUCAUUCUGCAGAGGCUGAAGAUAAUGGGUUUUAUACCUGUGUAUUAAGAAAUGCAACGUACUGCAUGAAGGUCUCCAUGUCAUUGACUGUGGCUGAGAAAGACUCUGGGCUUUGUUACAACAGUCGGCUUCGAUAUGUGGAAAAAGCUGAAGCUACAAAAAGCAAAGAAAUUUCUUGCCCUGACAUAAAGGAUUUUGCAAUUCAACAUAAGGAGCCUAGUGUAGUGUGGUACAAGGAAUGCCAUCCUCAAAAGUGGAGAGAGUCAGUAAUUCACAAAGGCAAUAUCCUCAUAUUACAGGAUGUUCAGGAGCAAGAUGAAGGGAAUUACACCUGUGAAAUGAAGUUUGACGGAAGGCUUGUAAGAAGAACUUUAGAACUGAAAGUAACAGAAAUUCAUUACAAGAAAGUUGAGAAUAAAAUGUCCACACUUCCUCAGUAUGAAUUAAAUGUCCUUAUAACAGUGCAAUGACA